CGCUGCGCCGUAAAUAGCGGAAGUGCGGGCCGUGUUGUGGUCAUGUGAUCUCUGCCGCCGACCCAGGCUGCUUUUUGCCCUCAAGCGGCCAACUUCUAUGUGUUGUCGGCGCGGAAGAAGACGGCUGCUUUCCGUGUGAAAAGAGCGAAGCCGGAGUGUCGCGGAGGCCGCCAUGGGCUGUUGUUACAGCGGCGAGGACGAGGCGGCAGAGCAGGAUCCUGAACGCAAGCCGCUGAUCACGCACCCGAACCCGGUCAGCAAACCCCCAAAUGGCACAGACUGGAUCAGUCCCACCGUGCCCUCGGCCAGGACGGACGAACAGGCCCUGCUCACCUCCAUCCUCACCAAGACGGCACAGAACAUCAUCGACGUGUCGGCGGCUGACUCAGUCAUGAUGGAGCAACAUGAAUACAUGGACAAAGCUCGACAAUACAGUACAAAACUUGUUGCAUUUAGCAGCAGCAGUCUUCAAAAGAAAGCCCUGGUUCUCCCCUCCUUCACCAGCCAGCCCCACCAAGUGCUGGCCAGUGACCUGGUGCCAUACUCGGACGUGCAACAGGUGUCCAAGAUAGCAGCGUAUGCUUACAGUGCAAUCUCUCAAAUCAAAGUGGACGCUAAAGAAGAACUGGUGGUCCAGUUUGCUAUUCCUUGAUUGUUCUUCUUCCGUCUUUCUCUCCUCUCAUCUUCUGCUUGGAGGUUCUUCUUCCAUAUUCAACACCCAACCAUCCAUUACCACACACGCGAUUCCCACAAUGUAGGGUUUCACUCUGGCCACCUAACCAUUUAAUUCAAAAUCCCGGGGUUACGAUUCCAGUCAGGAUCGGUUCUUGAUUCAACACCAUUCUCGCAAUAUAGGUCGUGAAUCUUUGGCCACCUUAAGAUUUGAUCGGAUUCCUGGAAUGACAAUUCCGUUCAAAACAAGUCUCGAAUCAAAGCGAUUCCCGCAAUGUAGGAGUGUGAAUCUUUAAGCACCUAACCAUUUAAUUCCGAUUCCUGGCGUGACAAUUAUAUUCAGGAUCAAUUCUCCAUUCAAACCGAUUCCCACAAUGUAGGGUUUGACUCUGGCCACCUAACCAUUUAAUUCAAAAUCCCGGGGUUACGAUUCCAGUCAGGAUCGGUUCUUGAUUCAACACCAUUCUCCAUUCAAACCAUUCUCGCAAUAUAGGUCGUGAAUCUUUGGCCACCUUAUGAUUCGAUCGGACUCCUGGAAUGACAAUUCCGUUCAAAACAAGUCUCGAUUCAAACCGAUUCCCGCAAUGUAGGGGUGUGAAUCUUUAAGCAACUAACGAUUUCAUUCCGAUUCCUGGCGUGACAAUUAUAUUCAGGAUCGAUUCUCCAUUUAAACCGAUUCCCACAAUGUAGGAGUGUGAAUCUUUGAGCACCUAAUGAUUCGAUCGAAUUCCUAGAAUGACAGUUCGAUUCAAAACGAGUCUCGAUUCAAACCGAUUCUUGGGGUUUGAAUCGUUGGGCAACUAACGAUUUAAAUUCCGAUUCCUUGGGUUACUAUUCGAUUUCGAAUCGAUUUCUGCAAUGUAGGAGUGUGAAUCUUUAAGCACCUAACGAUUUAAUUCCAAUUGUUGGGGUGACAAUUAUAUUCAGGAUCGACUCUUGAAUCAAACCAAUUCCCACAAUGUAGGGGUGUGACUCUUUGGGCACUUAACGAUUUAAUUCCGAUUCCUGGAGUGAUUCGGGAUCGAUUCUCAAUCAAACCGAAUCUUGCAAUUUAAGGUUGUGAAUCUUUGAGUACCCAAUGAUUCGAUCGAAUUCCUGGAAUGACAAUUCGAUCCAAAACAAGUCUCGAUUCAAACCGAUUCUUGGGGUGUGAAUCUUUGGGCACCUAACGAUUUAAUUCCGAUUCAUGGUGUGACGAUUCAAUUCUCCAAUCAAACAGAUUCUUACAAAGUAAGGUUGUGAAUAUUUGAGCACCUAACAAUCCGAUCGGAUUCCUGGAGUGACAAUUAUAUUCAGGAUCAAUUCUCAAUUUAAACCGAUUCCCACAAUGUAGGGGUGUGAAUCUUUGAGCACCUAAUGAUUCGAUCGAAUUCCUAGAAUGACCGUUCGAUUCAAAACAAGUCUCGAUUCAAACCGAUUCUUGGGGUUUGAAUCGUUGGGCAACUAACGAUUUAAAUUCCGAUUCCUUGGGUUACUAUUCGAUUUCGAACCGAUUCCUGCAAUGUAGGAGUGUGAAUCUUUUAAGCACCUAACGAUUUAAUUCCAAUUGUUAGGGUGACAAUUAUAUUCAGGAUCGACUCUUGAAUCAACCAAUUCCCACAAUGUAGGGGUGUGACUCUUUGGGCACUUAACGAUUUAAUUCCGAUUCCUGGAGUGAUUCGGGAUCGAUUCUCAAUCAAACCGAAUCUUGCAAUUUAAGGUUGUGAAUCUUUGAGUACCCAAUGAUUCGAUCGAAUUCCUGGAAUGACAAUUCGAUCCAAAACAAGUCUCGAUUCAAACCGAUUCUUGGGGUGUGAAUCUUUGGGCACCUAACGAUUUAAUUCCGAUUCCUGGUGUGACGAUUCAAUUCUCCAAUCAAACAGAUUCUUACAAAGUAAGGUUGUGAAUAUUUGAGCACCUAACAAUCCGAUCGGAUUCCUGGCGUGACAAUUAUAUUCAGGAUCAAUUCUCAAUUUAAACCGAUUCCCACAAUGUAGGGGUGUGAAUCUUUGAGCACCUAAUGAUUCGAUCGAAUUCCUAGAAUGACAGUUCGAUUCAAAACGAGUCUCGAUUCAAACCGAUUCUUGGGGUUUGAAUCGUUGGGCAACUAACGAUUUAAAUUCCGAUUCCUUGGGUUACUAUUCGAUUUCAAAUCGAUUCCUGCAAUGUAGGAGUGUGAAUCUUUAAGCACCUAACGAUUUAAUUCCAAUUGUUGGGGUGACAAUUAUAUUCAGGAUCGACUCUUGAAUCAAACCAAUUCCCACAAUGUAGAGGUCGAUUUAAUUCCGAUUUCUGGAGUGACGCUUUGAUUCAGGAUCGAUUCUCAAUCAAACCGAAUCUUGCAAUUUAAGGUUGUGAAUCUUUGAGUACCCAAUGAUUCGAUCGAAUUCCUGGAAUGACAAUUCGAUCCAAAACAAGUCUCGAUUUAAUUCCGAUUCCUGGUGUGACGAUUCAAUUCUCCAAUCAAACAGAUUCUUACAAUGUAAGGUUGUGAAUAUUUGAGCACCUAACAAUCCGAUCGGAUUCCUGGAGUAAAAAUUCAAUUCAAAACAAGUCUCGAUUCAAACAGAUUCUUGCAAUGUAAGCGUGUGAAGUUUUAAGCACCUAAAUAUUUAAUUCCCAUUCCUCGGGUGACUAUUCAAUUCAAGAUCGAUUCUCCAAUUAAACCGAUUCUUGCAAUGUAAGUUUGUGAAUCUUUGAGCACCUAAUGAUUCGAUCGAAUUCCUGGAAUCACAAUUCGAUUCAAAACAAGUCUCGAUUCAAACCGAUUCUUGGGGUGUGAAUCUUUGGGCACCUAACGAUUUAAUUCCGAUUCCUAGUGUGACGAUUCAAUUCUCCAAUCAAACAGAAUCUUACAAAGUAAGGUUGUAAAUAUUUGAGCACCUAACAAUCCGAUCGGAUUCCUGGAGUGAAAAUUCGAUUCAAAACAAGUCUCGAUUCAAACAUAUUCUUGCAAUGUAAGCGUGUGAAGUUUUAAGCACCCAACCAUUUAGUUCCCAUUCCUCGGUUGACUAUUCAAUUCAAGAUCGAUUCUCCAAUCAAACCGAUUCUUGCAAUGUAAGUUUGUGAAUCUUUGAGCACCUAAUGAUUCGAUCGAAUUCCUGGAAUGACAAUUCGAUUCAAAACAAGUCUCGAUUCAAACCGAUUCUUGGGGUGUGAAUCUUUGGGCACCUAAUGAUUCGAUCGGAUUCCUGGAAUCAAAAUUCCAUUCAAAAUCGAUUCUCGAUUCAAGACAAGUCUUGAUUCAAACUAUUUCUUGCAAUGUAGGGGUGUGAAUCUUUGGCAACCUCAAGAUUCGAUCUGAUUCCUGGGGUAAGGAUUCAGAAUCGAUUCUCGAUUCCAACUGAUUCUCGCAACGUCGGGUGUGAAUCUUUGGGCACCUAAUGAUUGAAUCUGAUUUUCAUUCCUGGGGUGGUGAUUCCAUUCACGAUCCAUUUUCGAUUCAACACGAAUUCCAAUUAAAUCGAUUCCAGCAAUGCAGGGCUGUGAAUCAUUAAGCACCUAACGAUUCAGUUCUGAUUUCUGGAGUGACGAUUCGAUUUAAGAUUAAUUCAAAAAGAUUCUCAAUUCAAACCGAUUAGUCGGCUGAAGAUUCUAUUCAAAAUUGAUUCCCCAAUUGAACACGAUUCUCGAUUCAAAGCGAUUCUUGCAAUGUAGGAGUGUGAGUCUUUGGGCACAUCUUUUUAAAAAAGAAAACAUUUUUAACUGUUUUAUAAAUUGAUUCAGAAUCGAGAUGAAUACAAAUUGCAAUCGGGAAGUGAAUCGAGUAUUUUGUGCAGCCAUAAUUCACAAGACCUCACUUAUGGAAGCCAUCUUUUGUUUUGGGUGACUGCUUUUUGCAAUCCAGCUGUUGAAUCUGGGAUUAUUUUUCAAAGUAAAAUGACUUAAAUGCGGACAAAAAAGCAAGUACUUUCAUUGUCGACCACUUCAUCCUCCUGCGUUCUCAAGAUUGUCAUCCAUUACCUCACACGACGUUUCAGAGAAGACCUCGGGUAUUUUUCUGACUUCCUGAAGCAGAAGACGUGGGGAGAAGGUGUUUUUGUAGAGGGCUAAAUACUAGCAUCCAUGUGGCGGUGGGAAUGUAAGCAUCGUAGCAGAGCGCGUGGAACUGAUCACAUGACCUUUUUCAGACCGUCUACUUUGUGUUUUUGAAGCUGGGUGUUGUUCUCCAGAGGAGAGCCAAGCAGACUGUUUGCACUGACUUGCUCUCCACCUCUAAAAGGGAUCCUGGGAUUGAUUUUACACACAUUUCAGCUUUCUGUAAAUCCUCUAAGUUCUUGCCAUGUUUCCCUUUUCGCUCUUGCAGAAGUGUAAAACUACCUGAAAUAUAUUUGGAAUAUUUUAGGCUGGUAGAAAUUUAAUCCAUUAUUAUUAUUAUUAUUACAAAAAAAACCCACAGAUUUUCUUUUUUUCUCUGUUUAGUUAAUUCAUUAAAAAUGUUCAACAACUUC